AUGACGAGCCGCUUUAGAGUUGAAGAAGCGAAGUUGACGAAGGUUAGAGGGGAGCUAACUGACAGCGAGAACCGGGAGCAAAAGGACGCAAUCAGACUUUAUCAGAGGUUAGUCUCUCUCUCUCUCUCUCUCUCUCUCGCUCCAAACACAUUAACCCACGGCAGAGAGAACCGACAGGGUGGGAGAUAACUAGUGCACAUCGCGGAGCUUCGGUGCGGGCAGAGCCGAGCCUCUUCCCCGGUCCCUCCGCCCGGCUGUAGGCGCUGCUGACCGGGACUUAACGGAGCCGCGUAGAUAUCUAUUAAGUUGAGAGGAGGACUUGACAAGGAGGACUUGAGGGGAGCGAGCGCGAGAGAGAUGGAUAACAAAGGGUGGUGCUCCCUGACACUCAGCCAGCUGUCCUCCUGAAGCAAACAGCAGUGAAGACUUCCUUGAGGAUACUUGACAGCGGCCCAUUUCUGCUAACCUGUGGGGGAACUUUUCACACUAAGCCACGUGAUCGGCCAUCCCAGCGCCGCUCAGAGCCAACUACAUACAUCUUCUGAGGAUCAUCUGUGUGAACUCAAAAGGAAGCAAUUAAACAUUUAACAGAGGAGAGUGAGGCAGAAACUGAGAGGGAAGGAGAAAGAAGCCUCUGAACCCAACUCUUACAGCCUGCACCGGUCCAAACUGUCCAUCACAGCCUCACACAUACUCAUUACCAUCACUGAAGUGUGAAAUUGAUGUUGUAAUAAUUGUUAUAAUACAACUAAUAAUCGUAAGGACUUUUUGCUGGAUUUUCCUGAGUUGUGAAAAUCCCACUGCUGCUCAUUAAUUAAAACCACUACCUGGUUAUUCAAAGCAAGUGUAACACGGCACUGAACUAUUUUUGCACAAGUAUCCAGGAUUGCUUUUGACUUCGAAGAAGGACCCUUGAGCCCUCAACCAUCUUCUGACUGUCUGCCCAACUGUAGCAUUUGGGUGUGGAGCGGUGGGUUCAGAAUUAGGCCCCUGGACAUUCGUUGAAGAUGACUUGAGUUGGCAGGCCUAAAAGCCCCUUACCCCAGAGAGAGAGCGAGAGAGAGCGAGAGAGAGCGAGAGAGAGAGCUUGGCAGUAGGACACACACACAACACACAAAUGUGGGUGCCGAGGCGGCUUUGAGCCAUGCUGGUGUUGCUACUUGCGCAGCCCUGGAGUACAGGCUAUCAUCAUCCCUAUCAUCAUUCACCCAAGCUGAGGAAGAUUCAACGGCCCCGAGGAGCAAGGCUACACUUGUGAACACAUCAAAGAAGACUAGGAAACUGCACUAACACAGAGAGAUCCGCAGCUACAACCUCAAUCACACGUACAGACAUAUUUAAUACUCCUCUCAAAAAAACAAAGCUGCGGCGGACGUGAAAGGCACAGAGACUGAGCAGGAGGUGAGCACCAACAUGGCAGCUGAGAGUAUUGCUGAGCUCCGCGAUUGGCUCUUUCUGCUCCUCCUGUGCCUCACCUUAUUGGCUGAGGUGCUGGAACUGGCAGCAGCGGCAAUUGCCAUGGAGACAGGCGAGGGAGAUGAGGGCAUUGUUUGUCCCAUAGUGUGCCGCUGUGAUGAGGGUUUUGUCUACUGCAACGACCGUGGCCUCAGUAUAAUUCCUCCACUACCAUUAAUGGCUGCCAUCCUCUACUUGCAGAGCAACCGGCUGAGUAACGCUGGCCUACCUCCCACACUGGAACGCAGCACUUCCAUACGAGUGAUUUACCUGUAUGCCAACCAGUUGGAUGAAUUCCCUAUACACCUCCCGCCUUCGUUACGGGAGCUCCAUUUGCAGGAUAAUAAUAUACGAACGUUACCGAGAUCAGCUCUGGCCAAGCUCCCAUUACUAGAACGAUUGCACCUGGAUGAUAACUCCAUAUCCACAGUUAGCAUCCAGGAGCGAGCUUUUUCCGGGACUCCACGGCUUCGACUACUGUUUCUGUCUCGGAACCACCUAUCAAGCAUCCCUGCAGGCUUGCCGGCAUCCUUGGAAGAGUUACGACUGGACGACAAUAGAAUCAGCACCAUCCCCACACAUGCCUUCCGUGGGCUCUCCUCCCUGCGACGCUUGGUCCUGGAUGGGAACCUGCUGGCCAACACACGCAUUGCAGAUGACACCUUCUCCCGUCUCUCCAACCUGACUGAGCUGUCACUGGUUAGGAAUGCGCUACAGUCUCCGCCAGUCUACCUACCAUCGGCUCACCUUGUGCGACUCCAUUUGCAAGACAAUGGAAUGACUCACAUACCACGGGGGGCGCUGGACGGGAUGCGGCGGCUACAGAGGCUGGACCUGUCAGGAAACAAUCUGACCACUCUCCCUCGAGGACUUCUGAAGGAUACAGAAAGCCUGGAGCUGCUACUGCUGCGAGGAAACCCCUGGUACUGUGGCUGCAACCUUCGCUGGCUCCACGCAUGGCUGCACAGCCGGGGAGCAGCAGUGACAGUCAGGGGUCUGACCUGUCAGGGGCCUGAGCCUGUAAGGGGGCAGGCCCUCAGAGAACUAACCUCCAUGAUGGAGCAGUGCGAAGGCCCUGCUGCUGGUCCUAGCACUGGAAUGGGGAUGAACCCAGCAGAAAAAGAUGGAGGUGGUGAAGAUGGUGUUGGAGGGGGCCAAGCAGUGGCUUCAGACCCCCAUGAUAGCACCACCACCAGCUCCCUGCUGGUCCCCACACAAGGUUCCCUCUUCACCCUGCGAGCCAAACGACCGGGCCUUGUUAUGCCCCUGCCUCCUGGUGAAGGGGGACAGGUAUCUGGAGAGGCCCUGGAGCUGACUGUAAAACCUCUCUCUUCGGACAGUGUACUGGUGAGCUGGCUGUGUCCAAUGCCGGCACCCUCCUUCCGCUUGUCGUGGCUGAGGUUGGGUAGCAGUGCAGCUCUUGGCUCCAUAACAGAGACUCUGGUACCUGGAGAGAGGAGGCAGUACCUCCUUACCCAGCUUACCCCACGCUCCCAUUACCUCAUAUGUCUGCUGCCACUACGACAGGAAUCCUCCUUUGGGGGUUCCAGCAUGGGUUUAUCUCGAGUUGGCAGCAUGGACACGGACAGUAAAGACUCGGCCCCGUCCUGCGCUCAGAUAGAAACUGGAGAGGCACUGGUCAACACAGGAGGGGAGGGUUCAGAUAAAGAGGGACAGGACUCAGAACUAACAGCCCUGCCAUUGGCUGGGAUCAUUGGGGGUGCCACUGCAUUAGUAAGCCUGCUGUUAAUCUUUGGCAUCUUCUGCUGGUAUGGACAGAGAACAAGUUACGUGUCCGGGGACUCAGGCUCGUACAGCAGGGGCCGGGGCGGGAAACAUUAUGAUGACUAUGUAGAGUCAGGCACCAAGAAAGACACUUCCAUCUUAGAGAUCAGGGCCCCUCCUGCAGGGUUUCAGAUGACAGCUAUGGCCCAUCAGCCCCUGCAGCCUAAGCUGGAGGAUGUCACCUACAUCCACACCAUUUUCCCCUCUUCUUCCUCUUCCUCCCAAGCUAACGGGACCUACCGGAGCAGCCACGGAGCCGGCAGCCUCAAUGGCACCAUCCUCAGCCAAACCAGCCACCAUCAUGCCACUUAUGGUACCAACCGUGGCUACAGAGAGGGUGGCAUCCCCGACAUAGAUUAUGCCUACACGUGAUAAUACAGGGAUCCACUAUCUGAGCCACAAAUGCCGGGCACCAUUUCUAUGAUGACGACCCCAUGGCUAGUGGCCAUAUUGUCCUUGGUUUCCAAAGUACCCUCUGUGCCUCUGCUGGUUCAAUUCUGAUUGGUUUGCUAUGUAGAAUAAACUGAUUUCAGCUGUGUUGAUUAGACAUUGCUAUUGA